GGGGGGCUGUGAGGGAGAGCCAGGAAUAGGAGGGGGAGGAGGAGAGGGAGCGGACCUGCUGCAUUUUCUACAGCAUCGAGGCGUCAUCAUCUGCAUCUACCCAGGAAAGGAGGGAUCAGCGGCGGCGGCAGCCCGGGCUUCAAUGUGAACGGGGGGAAAUCGCCUGCGCAUCUCCUCGGAGCGGGGGGGAAGGGGCUGUAUCUGGGGAGCCCGCACCGGCCGCCCCUGCCCCCCUUGUGUAUCGGGCUGUAUUCGGGGGGUGAGCCAUGAAUUCAGCAGAGCAGACCGUGACAUGGCUCAUCACACUGGGGGUGCUGGAGUCCCCCAAGAAGACCAUUUCCGACCCGGAGGGCUUCCUGCAGGGGUCCCUGAAGGACGGGGUGGUGCUGUGCAGGCUGCUGGAGCGGCUGCUGCCGGGCACCAUAGACAAGGUGUACCCGGAACCGCGCACCGAGGCCGAGUGCCUGGGAAACAUCAGGGAGUUCCUCAAGGGCUGCAGCCACUUCAAUUUGGAGACCUUCGAGGCCAAUGACCUGUAUCAAGGGCAGAAUUUCAACAAGGUGCUGAAUUCCUUAGUUCUUCUGAAUAAAGUCACAGCAGAUAUUGGCUUGGGAAGUGACUCUGUGUGUGUUCGUCCAUCUUCACAUCGAAUAAAGUCCUUUGAUUCCCUUGGGUCCCAGUCUGUACUCAGCCGCUCCUCAAAAUUACUGCAGGGUCAAUAUCGAAGCCUGGACAUGACCGAUAACAGCAACCAUCACAUUGUGGUGAGGGCUAAGUUUAACUUUCAACAAACCAAUGAAGAUGAACUGUCUUUCUGUAAGGGUGAUAUAAUCCAUGUUACACGGCUGGAAGAAGGCGGCUGGUGGGAGGGAUCACACAGUGGCAAGACUGGAUGGUUCCCAAGCAACUAUGUCCGAGAAAUCAAGUCUUCUGAAAAACCAGUAUCUCCCAAGUCUACAUCACUGAAAAGCCCUCCAAAGGGGUUUGAGACUUCUGCAAUCAACAAAAGCUACUACAAUGUGGUGCUACAAAACAUUUUAGAAACAGAAAAUGAGUACUUAAAAGAGAUCCAGAAUCUAUUAUCCAAUUAUCUUCGUCAUUUACAAACCAGUGAAAAGAUGAGUCCCACUAGUAUCUCUUAUUUAAUGGGGAACCUAGAGGAGAUUUGUUCUUUUCAGCAACUAUUGGUUCAGUCAUUGGAGGAUUGUACAAAAUUACCAGAAGGACAGCAAAGAGUUGGAGGUUGUUUCCUGAGCCUAAUGAAUCAAAUGAAGAGCUUGUAUAUGGCGUAUUGUGCCAACCAUCCUUCAGCAGUAAAUGUCCUUACACAGCACAGUGAAGAGCUUGGUGAAUUCAUGGAGAUAAAAGGUGCAAAUAGCCCUGGUAUUCUUGUGCUAACCACAGGCCUCAGUAAACCAUUCAUGCGUCUGGACAAGUACCCAACACUGCUAAAAGAGCUGGAACGACACAUGGAGGAUUAUCAUCCAGAUAGGCCAGAUAUCCAGAAGUCCAUGACCGCUUUCAAGAACCUUUCGGCACAAUGUCAAGAAGUGAGAAAAAGAAAGGAAUUGGAAUUGCAGAUUCUAAAUGAGGCUAUCCGUGGCUGGGAAGGGGACGAUAUUAAGACACUGGGUUCAGUUAUAUAUAUGUCCCAAGUAAUAAUACAGUGUGCAGGAAGUGAGGAAAAGAAUGAGAGAUAUCUUCUCCUAUUCCCCAAUGUAUUAUUAAUGCUUUCUGCCAGUCCAAGAAUGAGUGGUUUUAUUUAUCAGGGGAAACUUCCACUGACAGGGACUUGCAUCACAAAGCUAGAAGACAAUGAAAAUCUCAAGAAUGCCUAUGAAAUAUCUGGUAACAUGAUUGAACGGAUAACUGUGUCAUGUAAUAACCAACAAGAUCUACAGGAAUGGGUUGACCAUCUACAUAAACAGACAAAAUACACCUCUAUGACCACCCCCACAAUAAAGCCUCACUCUGUGCCCUGUCACACUCUUCCUUCACAUCCAGUGACACCAUCAAGCAAGCAUUCAGACUGCAAGCCAGCACCUCACACACCUGCAUAUCAUACAUUACCACACCUUUCACACCACGGGACUCCACACAGCAUCAAUUGGAGCCCAUUGGAACCACCUAAAACAUCAAAGCCAUGGAGCUUGAGUUGCUUGCGGCCUGCUCCUCCUCUUCGGCCUUCUGCAGCACUGUGUUACAAAGAGGAUCUCAGUAAGAGCCCCAAAACUAUGAAAAAAUUACUUCCUAAGCGAAAGCCAGAAAGAAAACCCUCAGAUGAAGAGUUCGCACUUAGAAAAAGCACAGCAGCACUAGAGGAAGAUGCUCAGAUUUUAAAAGUUAUUGAGGCCUACUGUACAAGUGCCAAAACGCGUCAAACAUUGAAUUCCACAUGGCAAGGCACUGACCUGAUGCAUAAUCACGUCUUGGCUGAUGAUGACCAAUCAAGUCUAGACUCCUUGGGUCGUCGCAGUAGUCUUUCACGUAUGGAGCCUUCAGACCUCUCCGAAGACUCUGACUAUGACAGUAUAUGGACAGCCCAUAGUUACAGAAUGGGGUCUACUUCUCGUUCACGCAAAGAAUCUGCUCCUCAGGUUUUACUUCCAGAAGAGGAGAAAAUUAUUGUAGAAGAAACCAGAAGCAAUGGGCAGACUGUCAUAGAAGAAAAGAGUCUUGUUGACACAGUUUAUGCUUUGAAAGAUGAGGUUCAAGAGCUAAAGCAGGAUGGCAAAAAGAUGAAGAAGUCUUUAGAAGAAGAGCAAAGAGCACGUAAGGAACUUGAGAAGCUCAUCAGGAAAGUCCUCAAGAACAUGAAUGAUCCGUCUUGGGAUGAGACCAAUUUAUAAUGGUGCAUCCAGUGUCUUCCUUAUUCCACGCCAGGGAUCAAAGACUUGGACCUUAUGUUUUGUGUGUGUCCUCGUAAAAAACAGAAACACUGCUUAUUGAGAUUUAACUGGAUUGUAAUAUGACUCUCAGUUGUACUGAACUGAAUCCAUACGUUGCUGCCUGCCUGCAGACAUCUUUCAGCAGUCGCAAAUGUGAAGUGUAUAGCCUUGAACAAUGCCAGUUGGAUACCCUUUAAACUUCACGUGUGAAUUACCUCAUUUUGCAGAAGGAGCAGUGGCUAAGAGUCUGAUUACUUUUUUUUUCUACCAGAAUUUUUUCAGCUGGUAUACAGAUAUGUAUUCUUCUCUUAUGUAUAUAGUGUUUUGAAUGCAUAUUUAAAGGGCACUAAAAUCUCUUUAUACAUUUUUUUUUUUUUUUUUUGUGGAUCUAUUUACUGGUCACCUGUACAUAUUUUAAAAUGGUCUACCUACUCAUUGGAGGAGAAAAAAAAAGCUGUCUGCUUACCAUUGACAUGCUUGAGUGGUCCCUGUGUUAAAGUAAUUUAAUUGCAUUAUUUAAGGCUAAGCCAAGCAAGGGAAACUAAACCUUCUCAAUGUUAAACUACUCACUAACAACUUGCCACCUGUGUUUAUACAAAUAUAUAAAUAUAUAUUUAUUAUAUUGUUUAUCUUCUAACCUGACAUGGGAGGCAUCUAAAGAUGUAUAUAUCUACUUGUUUUUGUUCUUGUUUUUUCCUCCUAAAUUUCACUGCUUAACUUUCUAUAUAUACCUAUAAAAAUUUCUUGACUGCAAAAUUUAUUGAAAGGCAUAUAUACGUUUUACCUCUUAUUUCCCACUGCAAGCCAUUAAAUAUUCAAUAUUAACGGACUUUCCAUUUGAGCUACACUGCAGUGAACCCUAUAAUGUAGCAACUAAAGAGUGUUAAAGGGGUUAUCCACCAUAAGGUGAUUUUAUUACAUACCUGGCAGACAGUAAUGGACAUGCUUAGGAAGGAUCUGCACUUGUCUUGGCUAAAUGGCUAUGUCAUGAGAUUACCAUAACACUGUGGCUAGCUUUUUGUGAACUGGUAUUUCCUGUUUGAGUUUUCUUCUUUUGCCUACAAAUCCCAUAAUUCCAUUUUCCUCCCUCCCACACAUCUGCUACCCCACCCAUUGAAACAUAAAUGAGCUGCAUCCAUUCAAAAAAACUGUGGUUUUCAAUCAGGGUGCCUACAGCUGUUGCAUUAGUUGCAGAUUGAUCCCUCCACCCAUUGAAGCAGACAGACUCUCUGUCAUCAGCUGACUAGUGAGUCAGGUCUCGUUCGCAUUGCAACCUGGGAAAAAUCUGAGACGACAGUAAUUUUGUAUGCUGUUAAAAAUAAAUAUUGGGGUGAAAAUCACAUAAGAAUUGUGGGAAACCCGUCACACACAGGUACAGACACUAUAUUAUGAACUACACUAACUUUACAGCCCCUGUAGCACAGUCAAAUAAAAAAAAUCCUGGAAUACCCCUUUUAAAGUUAUGUAUAAGCAAAGAGAACAAUACUAAUACUUAAUGAGGUUGUCCAGGAGUUUAAGAAAAAUAGUCUUGACAGCAGGAAAUAUAAUGAAGUAAAAAAGAAAACUGUUACUUUCGCCAACGCUCCUGUGGUCCCUGCCAGUCUGGUGCAGUGGAUGUCCAUGAUACCACUACAGCAAAGUAAACUAAAGCCAGGUAACUUAUGGUUAGUUUUAGAUUUCAUCACGGUUCUUAAUGGUAAGCUAGCUAUUUUUUUUUUUAUACUUCUCAGCUACCACUUAAAACAAUCUGUUUAAAACACAUGAGCAACCAGAUUAUUAAAAAUAAAACGAUUGUCCAAUGUUAUGUUAUCCCUGUCUAAUUCAAAAAGUUAAAGGUAUGGUCUGAUUGGUUUAAGGCCAUAUUCACACACCAUUUUUGGCAGUAAAAAAAAAUUUGCAGACUUGUAUGCAAAACUGGUUUCUUUUUGUCUUUUUUUUUUUUUUUUUUUUGUGUUUGAAGAUGGCCUUCAGCUAGAACUGUAAAAUAAUGAACUAUUCUCCCAGUCUAGUCAGUCUCUCAGUCUCCC